AUGCUCCUUCGUCGAAUUUUAUUUGCACCCAGAGAAUGUGCCUUACUCAGGGCUUCCGUUCGCCGAAAUAUAUAUACAGCACCUUUAAGAAAUGCUUUUAAAAAUUCCCUGGGACGCAAUGCCUUCCACUCGUCAAAUGGGAAGCUUGAACAAGAGACAACAACUCCUGAUGUCGGGAAACCCGCAAUCCAACAAGGAAAAUUAGAGCCGUCUCGAGGAAAGCGAACAUCGCGUUCCCCUGCUGGGAAAACAUCCCUACGACGUGCAGCAGUGGAGGCACAGAUAUCUAAAGAUGUCAGGCGACUGCCCGUAUCUCCGGAUAUACCCUCACCAGAACCAAAGGUCGUCACCGCAUAUGCCGUUGCCGAACGGUUUGAUAUUGCAAAAGUUAUGGAGAUACUUCUAGCCAAAGGAUAUGAGCCUGACCCCCUCGAAACCGGGCUUUACCCCCAGGUGGUCCAUAUUCAAGUUCCGCUCGAUUCUAUCAGACGAACCACUAGUUUAGCAUCAUCAGAUCUAUCUUCAGAUGAGGUUGGAGAUGUAUUUGUCUUUCCGUCUGGAACAGUUGUUUCAUGGUCGCUCCCCGAGACAUUUGCAUCAUAUCUAGCAACCACUGUGCUACUACCAGCAGCUGAGAAUGCGCACAUCGAACGGAUGGAGACGGAAGAUCUUGAUUACAUAGAAGAUCCUCAGCGGGAUAAUAGUUUUAUGAAAGGCGACAUUAUCAUUCUCGGGACUAAUCCUGUCCCUGAAGAGCAGAAAACACAAGAUAUUCGACACCCAAAUCGAACGACGGUCGACACAGUACUGACAAAGAUUGCCUUCUCCUCAGGCCUUGCCCGAAGCACUAAACUUGCCGUAUUAGAAAGUUUACUACUGAACUACUUUGAUUCUACACGAAAUAUACCCACGCAACUCUCCAAGGGAUCUCGAUUACCUUACACACGCAGUUUUAUACUGCGGAAAACUGGCCAGCUACUUAGCCUUAGGGCACAAUUGAAUCUGUAUUCAGAAUUAACAGACUCGCUUCCAGACAUCUUUUGGGAUAGCCGACACGAGCUUGGGUUAGAAGGGAACUAUGACCAAGUUGGAAAAGCUCUGGAUGUUGGAAUCCGCAUCAAGGUGUUAAACGAAAAAAUGGACUACGCACAAGAGAUUGCAAGUGUCUUGCGUGAACGCUUGAGUGAAACUCAUGGACUCCGGUUGGAAUGGACAAUUAUUCUCUUGAUUGCAGUCGAAGUUUGCUUUGAAGUUCUGAGACUCUGGAAAGAGAGAAAACAGGAGCUAGCUGCCAUGAAAGAGAAUAAAGCAAACAUUGCCGAUAGAAACCCCCUUUCUUCCUAA